AUGACGGAGAGGUACGCCUGGGGAGUGGCUGCUCUGGUGCAUAUGUACGACCAGCUGAACGAUGCAUGUAUCAGCCACAGCCGACAACUUGGUGGUUACAUCACACUGCUUCAGUGCUGGAUUUACGAGCACUUUCUGUCAGUCGCGGACUCCACUGCUGAUCAGGACUACAACAAGGAUUCUCCACGUGCGUGUAGGUGGAUUGCGAUGAAGAAGACUGUGAAGAGCAUUUGUACGUCGGCGUACAAGGAGCGCCUGGACCGACUCCGAAUUCCGGAUGUCUGUUGGAUCCCGUAUGGGGAACACCGAUCGGUCCGGGACUUCCACGUCAGAUCAUGCUAUUUCAGUCUCUUGCGCUGGGGGCCUGUUGCUAUUUAUUACCGACCAGAGAGGGUCGUGUGGCAGUUUGGAUACACGCAGACCAUUCCUACUCCUCCUGUUGAUUCAUGGCUCUCGUAUGAUGACAUAAACGACAGGUGGAUGCACUACUCAGAUCAUAUCGUUCCAACAGGUGAGGUGUGCGCUGUGCCAGGUCAGUGUGCCAGUGACUACAUGGACUGGUUCUUCUGCAUCUCGCAUCCUUUCAUGACACCUGGCCACACAUCAGAUCCUCUGUCUGAUGGUCAUGCCCCACAGUCCUGA